AUCAGUGUGUUGAGAGAGUUUUUGGAUUAAGGAAGGGAGGGAGUGUCGCCUCGUGUUUACCAGCGUUACACGUUUUCUUCUUACGGUAGAACCUGUCGUGGGUGCAAACAAGGCGGAGCUGUAUUGCUCCUUUGGGGUCCCCUUAAGCCGCUGGAGGUCCCCGGACUCCGGGUUCAGAACCUAUAGCGCCCCAUGGUGAGGUGGGCUCGGCUUGUUUUCGCAAAACGAUCUUCGCGGAUCCGCCCAGGAAGUGGCUGACAUAGCGAAAGAGAGAGAGAAAAAAAGAGAGCGAGAGAGAGAGAAAAAAAGAAAGAGAGAGCAGAGACAAGAAGGCAGAAGUCUAACGUUCGCUCCUCGCGACUUGUCGUAAAGUUGGGUCUUCGGUACUUCUCGGCACAAACGGGGUCUCCGCGAUCCGCUCAACGGGCUUUCAGACCGGAGAGACUAACCGUCGGCGGCUCCUUUGAUGCGGUUAUCAUGGCGGCGGGGUUUCAUCUCAUGUCGCGUAACGUCAGGGUCCUCGGGAGAAAGUAAAGUUUGUUGUCUCUCUCCUCCCCGGCGAGGUUUAGCUUAAGCUGAGGGGCGAGCUUGAGGAGUGUGAGGUAACGGUGAUUUUUCUCUGUCUUUAUUUUACCCUCUGGAUCCGGUCAUCAUGACGCCCGACCUCCUGAACUUCAAGAAGGGAUGGAUGUCCAAACUGCACGACAGUGGCGAGUGGAAGAAGCAUUGGUUUGUUUUGACUGACGCUGGACUGAAGUACUACAGAGACUCGUGUGCAGAGGAGAAAGAUGACUUUGAUGGAGAGAUUGACCUCAAGUCCUGUGUGAAGGUGUGCGAGUUUGAUGUGGAGAAGAACUAUGGGUUUCAGGUACAGACGCGAGAGGCUGCACACACGCUGUCGGCCAUGACAGCCGGGAUCAGGCGCAACUGGAUCGAGGUUUUGAAGAAGUGCAUCCGGCCCAGCAGCUCUCCAGAUCUCACACAGUUACCUGACGGCAGCAGUGACAAGGAAAACUCCCAUUCUCGCUUUCUGCUGUCUUCCUGUCGGCCGUCAUCACGUCAUGCCGAUGUUGUUCAGUCGGAGGUGUCGACCUCCGCUACGCCGGCUCAUCGCAGGUUCGACUACGUGGAGCUGUCCCCUGUCCCCGCCUCGCCUGGCCCGGCCAGUCAGAGAGAAGCGGCAGAGGGCCAGGGGAGGGAGCACAGCCAGUGGCAGGAGGAGAGGAACACGAGCAGCCAGUGGGAGGCCGUGCUGUCCAGGAGGGGCACCGGCGGGGGCUCGAACCAGAGGCCGCGCACCGAGGAUGAGAUGGAGAGGAAGUGGGCGGAGUUUGAGCGCAUGCCGUUAAAGGAGAUGAGCUCCUUGCCGCUGAUGUCAUCGCGGCCUUCCAGCCAGCCAGCCAACGAGGCGCUGCAGAGGGAGGUGGCGUCACUGAGGCAGCAGCUGGAGCAACUGCAGGGAGGAGGAGGAGGGCGGUGGGGUGGAGGCGUGAGGGGCGGCUGUGGCCCCGAGGCCCCCUGCGGCCGCAGCCUGGGGGCCAUGGAGCGCGCUCACCGGCAGGCCAUGGAGGAGCUGCAGCGGCAGCACGAGCGCCAGCUCAAGGAGCUGGAGACCGACAAGGACAAGCUGCUGCUGGAGGAGACCCGCGACACGGCACGAGUAAUGGAGGCUUUGAAGAAGAAGCACAAAGACGAGCUGGAGCGAGAGGUGGAGAGAGUCAAGAAGCUGAGCAGCGGAGCGCUCGACUCGCAGUCUUCGCGAGCCCAGCAACAGGCAGAAACUCAGGCCUUCCAGAGAGAGCUGGCCGGACUGUCCGAGCGCUACUCUCAGAAGUGCCUGGAGCUGAACCGAGCCGAGCAGAACGGCGCCGAGCGAGAGCGAGAGAUCAGCCGCAAGGAGAGGGACAUGGAGCAGCUGAGGAAAGAGAGCCAGGACUUAAAAGCCCGUUUGGCGGUGGAGAUCAGUCGCACGCGAUCCUCCAGCUCAUACACGAGCUCGGAGAACUGCAAAGACCGGACGCCCUCUGAACUGGAGGUUCUUCUCAGAGUGAAAGAAAACGAGAUUGAGUACCUGAACAAGGAGAUCAGCUGUCUGAGAAACGAGCUGCAGUUUCUAAACACGGAGAAACGUCUGGCCGGUGAGCGCUACGCGGAGGUCCACGAGCAGCUGAGCGGGAUGAAGGGCCGGAGCGAGCGAGAGAUCCAGAGUCUGAAGGAGCACUUGAGGCUGGCCAUGGCCGCUCUGCAGGAGGGGCAGCAGCUGGGCAACAGCCUGGACCACUGAGACCAGUGAGACCAGUGCUCUGGCAGACUUGGAGACAGGUGUGUCUGCACUACUGAAUCAAAGAAGUACUCUGCAGCAAAGAGGAAGCGGAGGACUUGUACAGUUCCGGCCUCGUGUGGACCGCGAUGGUGCCUUAGUAGUUUUCAUCCCUUCUGCCGACGAGCAGCCUAGAAUAGCUAUUAGCUGGUUUUGUUACACUGGGCCACACACAUUAUAUAAAACUGCACUUUUAAUGUUUUAUUUUAGAUUUUGCUUGCUUUGAGUGCAAGAAUGUAUGAGUGCGCAUUUGGUCUGAAAACUGGAAUAUUCGUUGAGUGACAUUUUUUAUUAUCAGGUAUUGUAGAUAGAGUUCAUACUGGAUGGGCUUUUAAAAAAAAAAAUUAUACAUAAGAGCUACUGUGGUCUCAGUGUUCUUUGUUGUACAGCUUUUGAGUCAUUUUAUCUUUGGAAAUGGCUUGUGUGUUGUUUUUUUAGAAAUGGGAGCUUAUCAUUUGCUGUAAUUACAGUUGUAUUUUAUUUUUUACCUGGAAAGAAGUGAGCUUACGUAGUGUCGUUUGUGAACAUGAAGUCCUGAAACGUACAUUGGGAUUAAUGCAUGACAAGAUGGCAAACGUUUCUAAUUCCUGGCAGGCUGAAUUGGAAGUCGGUCUCUGAUUGUAAAGCUGUUGAAUGAAUGUUGUCCCACAUCACAGAUGUCUUUAUUUUUUAAACCAUGCCUGAGAAGCAGGAAGUCUCCAGCUUCCAGUCCCCCCUGAUCCUUGUUGAUAUUUGUGCCACCACUAAACAAAUGACAGGUGUUUAUUCAAUGAGCCAAUUAUUUUUUAUUGACAGUAUGAAUUGUGAUAAAAAUGACUUAUCUACCUGCCUUUUUGAAAAUAUUUUUUUCAUAUUUAAUGUACUGUAAAGCCUGUAUCAUCUUUAUAAAUUAUACACAAUUUUUGCAAUCAAUAAAAUGACUUCAACAGAAACA